AUGAAGGUUCAAAAUGGUCACAUAAAAAGAAUAACCGAUAACGACAUUCAAUCGCUUGUUCUUGAAGUCAUGGGCACGAAUCAAAAUCCUAGUACAACCUUUAUAUCUUGUCCGAAUGAUCGGAAGAAGACGCUCGGCAUUAAACUUCCAUUUCUUGUAAUGAUUGUGAAAAAUCUAAAAAAGUACUUUACAUUCGAGGUUCAGGUACUUGAUGAUAAACAAGUGAAACGGCGAUUUCGAGCAAGUAACUACCAGAGUACAACGAGGGUCAAACCCUUCAUCUGCACAAUGCCAAUGCGUUUAGACGAAGGGUGGAAUCAAAUUCAAUUCAAUUUAGCUGACUUCACCAAAAGGGCUUAUGGAACAAACUACUUGGAAACCCUACGUGUUCAGAUUCACGCGAAUUGCCGGAUACGGAGAGUAUACUUUUGCGAUCGACUCUACUCUGAAGAUGAGUUGCCAGCUGAAUUCAAACUUUAUCUCCCAGUUCAGAGCAAAGCCGGCCACACAGCCUCACAAUGA